AUGCCUGAUGGUGAUUCUGUUCCUAAUAACUUCCUAUACGCAGUUCUUGGUCCAGGAGAUAGGAACUCUCAGGAGAAAGACAUGGCGGAGGAACCCGGUGCAACUUCUAGAUACUAUUGCCACAUGUGCUCCGUGAUCGUAAGGCCAGAGCUGGGCGUCGAGGAGGUGAAGUGCCCGCACUGCUGUUCCGGAUUCGUGGAGGAGAUGGCCGAUGGCCGGCGGAGCAGCAACGCCGUGGGAGACCAUGGUACUACUGCCACAGGGGCCGGCCCAGAUGACGCGGGCGCAAGGUCGGAGCUUGCGGUUCCGCCGUGGCCGCCUAUCCUCAUGGACCUCCUCGGCGUCUCCUACGGCCUCGACGGCGGCGACCUCGCGGCCUUGGCGCGAAGACAGUACCGCCACCUCGCCUUCUUGCAGCUGCUCAACGCGCUCCAGGAAGGCGAUGCCAAUGCCGACGGCGACGCGCCCGAUCCGGGGCUCGAGCGACUCGUGCUGGUUAGCCCCGCCGACGCGCACGCCAUGCUCAUGUCAGAGGGAAGAGCCAGCAAUGGCGCCGGGGCCGGCAGGGGAGCAGGCCUGACGCUUGGCGAGUUGAUUCUUGGCCCCGGGUUGGAUUUGCUGCUGGAGUACCUGGCCGAGACCGACCCGAGCCGGCAAGGCACGCUGCCGGCGAAGAUGGAGGCCGUUGCCGCAUUGCCAACGGUAAAGGUAAGCGAGGCCGCGACCUGCCCGGUGUGCCUGGACGAGUUCGCGGCUGGCGGCGAGGCCAAGGAGAUGCCGUGCAAGCACCGGUUCCACGACGUGUGCAUCCUGCCGUGGCUGGAGGCGCACAGCUCCUGCCCCGUCUGCAGGUACCAGCUGCCCACGGACGAGGCCACGGAGCCGGCCGGCAAUGGCACCGAGGAAACCGCCGACGUGUCGAGUGGCAAUGCACGCCGCGACGUCGAGGGCGAUAGCGACGGUGGAAGCAGUGGCAGGCGGCGGUGGCUCGCACGACCUUUUGGUCGUUUGUUCUCGCGCAGAUCGAAUGGAAGCUCCUCGUCGUCGCGAUGA